AUGCCGACAGCCCCUUCCUGUAAAAAGAAGGAGCCGGUGGAGGGGCUAGUGCUGCCCUGCCGCGGGUGGCCGUGGAGGGGCCGGUGUGAGGAGCAGAGCAGUCGUCGAUCGUCCGCGGGCUGCGGCUGCACCGAGCGAGAAGGGAAAACGCCGCCACCGCUGCUCCAUGUGCGCGCUGUCGGCAGGCGCCCGGUGGGCACAGCGCGGGACUGCAGCUCCGGUGCCGCUCAUGGGCACGCGCCGUGCGUCGUGUGCUGCCGCCUCGUGGCGAAGCGCGGUGGUGCAGCGCCGGCAUCGUACCGGUGCUGCCGCAGCACGGCCCCGUGCCCGGGCCUAGUGCCGGUGGAGAGUGAAUCCAGUUUACAUAGUGCGUGCGUGGUGAAGAUGGAGUUUGGACUUGGGGAAGAAACUGCCAUGGUGCUUGCUCAACAACUGACUUCCCCGCAGACCAGGAUCAAGCAAAGACCAACUGGGCGCUUGAGAACAUGGGAUCCUGAAACAGCUUACCUCACCAGAUGUGAUUUUAACAACAACUCAAGACCAUUUUGUGACUGGACCCAACCUUGCAAUCCCAACCAGGGAUUAUGGAUACGAACCAAGCAUGAUACUCCGACUAAUGGAACAGGUCCUGAUGGAGACUAUCCUGAUGGAAAAGGCUAUUUCAUCUACCAAGAAGCAAGUAAUCUGAUCCCAUUUGACACUAACAGACUUGAGAGCCCAGAUAUUGUUGUUUCUGAAAAAAUAUGCAUAGAUUUCUGGUACUAUAUGUUUGGGUCAGAAGAAAUGAAUGAGCUGAGAGUGCUUAUCCAAGACAGCAUGGGGGAGUCGGCAGUGUGGAGUCGGAAAGGAAGCCAGAAUUCCUCAUGGAACUAUGGUGCCAUCACUCAUACUUUUCCAAGAGAGAGAAAUAUAAAGGUAAUAUUUGAGGCUGUCCGAGGACUGACAGAGUAUGGGGAUACGGCACUGGACAAUGUGAGAGUAAGGGAUGGAUCCUGUGAAGCAAUUUGCAGUAUACAUGGGGAUCCUCACUAUGACACAUUUGACAAGCAGCGUCAUGACUUCAUGGGCACCUGCACCUACACCCUCUCCAAGCUGUGCGAGAGCAACAGCUCGCUGCCCUAUUUCAACGUAGAAGCAGCCAACGAACACAGGGGAGACAACACUCAUGUGUCCUACGUCCAAUACGUGGAUGUUGAUGUGUAUGGCUACAGGAUCAAUCUGGGUAAAAACAGAGUUGUUAAGGUUGAUGGAGUCAGCCAGGUGCUCCCUCUGAUGCUGGUGCAGCGUGUCAGUAUUUCCCUCAGUGGGCAGUAUGUUGUGGUUACUACUGACUUUGGGCUGAAUGUCAGGUGCUUGCCAGAUGAUGGUCAUACUCCAAGUUGCACUGCUGAUGAAAAACAUAUCAUCCAAAGCAAUGAAUACUGUGGUCUGAUCACAGAUCCCAGUGGUCCAUUCCAGAAUUGCCACUCAGUAAUUGAUCCACAGAGUUAUUCUGAAGCCUGCCAGUAUGAUCUCUGUGAACUUCAUUUGAACAAUGCAGCCCUCUGUCAAAACCUGCAGGCUUAUGCAGACGUGUGCCAAUCUGCAGGAGUCCAGCUGGCACCAUGGAGAAAUGCAACCUUCUGCCCACCAUACAACUGCAACCUGCCGUGCGUGGAGGGCUGUGUGUGCGACAGCGGGUACCUGCUCUACAAUGACCAGUGCGUGCCCAGCCAGCAGUGUGGGUGCUGGCACAAUGGGCAGCACUACCCCGUGGGCUCUGAGUUCUGGACAGACAACACCUGCUCGUCAAAGUGCACGUGUCCCGCGCGGGGAAGCAAAGUCCAGUGCUUUAAUGCCUCAUGCCCUGCGGGCCAGUUCUGCGGGGUGCAGGAUGGGAGACCUGAGUGCCUCGAGCAAUCCUACGGCAUCUGCCAUGUCCACGGUGACCCUCACUACAAAACCUUUGACGAGGUGACGCACGACUUCAUGGGCAACUGCACCUACACCCUGGCCAAAUUGUGCUCCAACACCACCUCCCUGCCCUACUUCAAUGUUGAGGCCAAGAACGAGCAUCGUGGGAACAGCAGAGUGACGUACGUGCGCGAAGUCCUGGUUGAGGUGUACGGAGAGCGCAUCACCAUUGUCAAGGAGGAGACGAGCCAAGUGCUGGUGAACAACGUGCGCCAGACCUUGCCGGUGAGCGCAGCGGGAGGUGCCGUCACGGUAAGCAGGAGCGGCCGCUACAUCGUCCUGGAGACAGACUUCAACCUCAGAGUGUCCUACGACACUGACCACUCGGUGGAGGUGAAGGUGCCCACCACCUACUUCAACCUGACCUGUGGCAUGUGUGGGAACUUCAACAACCGUAGAGAGGAUGAGUACAUGAUGCCCAACGGGCAGCAAGCCGCAGACUCCAAUGAACUGGGGGAGAGCUGGCAGGUCCCAGACAGUGACUCGUCUUGCGGUGUCCCCGACCCCUCCCCACCCUGCAGUGCAGAAGAGGAGAAGCUCUACCAAUCAGACCAGUUCUGUGGCAUGCUGACUGCCAGGCCUGGCUCUUUUGAGAACUGUCACGCUGUGAUCAACCCCCAAAGCUACUUUGAGACCUGCUUGUAUGACCUGUGUGCCCUGAAUGGUGGCCAGGAGGUCCUGUGUGCUGCUCUGGAGGCCUAUGCUGAUGCUUGCCAAGCAGUCGGUGUGACUCUCCUUCCCUGGAGGAAUGCCACCUUCUGCCCUGUUGCAUGCCCUCCCAAUAGUCAUUACAAUCCAUGCACCAGUGCUUGUCCAGCAACCUGCGUUGACCCUCUUGCAUCAAAGAACUGCAGCAGACCUUGUAUAGAAGGAUGUGAAUGCAGCAAUGGUUUUGUCGUCAGUGGUGGAGAGUGUGUUUCCAUGAGCAACUGCGGCUGCCUUCAGAAUGGCAGAUAUUAUGAGAAGGGAGAAGCCUUUUGGCAAACAGACUGUGCAGGCCAAUGUGUAUGUGCUGGAAAUGGCACUGUAGUUUGCAAUUCAGACACUUGCGAAGUAAGUGAAGUUUGCAAGGUACAGAAUGGACUCCUGGGAUGUUAUCCAUUGAAUCCCAGCACCUGCCACAUUUUUGGGGAUCCACAUUAUAUAACCUUUGAUGGAAGACUGUACCAUUUCCAAGGAGACUGCAAUUAUACUGUCGUUGAGACAUGCACAAAUUCUUCUGAAAUGUUUUCAGUGACAACCAGAAAUGAACAUAGAGGAAACCCGAACUGGACAGCCUUGAACUCAGUUGCUGUCACACUGAAAAAUCUUCAUAUUGUUUUGAAGAAAAAUAGAGAGACCUAUGUGAAUGGAGUUCAGGUUUAUCUUCCUGUGGAUUUGAAUCAUGGAGCCAGAGUAGCUACGGAAGGACGUUAUGUGGUUGUUGAUACCCCUGUAGGGAUACAGGUUAAGUUUGAUGGUGACCAGGAGCUUUUCAUUCUGGCUGAUGAAAGCCUCAAAGGACAACUGUGUGGUCUGUGUGGGACAUUCAAUGACAACCAACUGGAUGAUUUUCUAAAUCCAGAUAAAGUCCUAGAACAGGAUGCAAAUAAAUUUGGUGACAGCUGGCUAGUGAAGGAUGACAACAGCACAUGUAGUCCAGUUGCAGUUGUACCACCUACCUGUGACACAGCAAAAGAGAAAGAAUAUGAAGAACUCUGCAAAACUAUUUUGAGAAAUAGUGGGCCUUUUCAGGUCUGCCAUUGGCACAUUCCCCCACAGCUGUACUUUGAGAGCUGUGUCUAUGACAUGUGUGCUACAGAGGGGGAUUCUGAUCAGUUUUGCAAGAUUUUAGAGGCAUAUGCUGCUGCCUGUGAACUUGGAGGUGUAAAUCUGGGUGAAUGGAAGAAAGAUACCAUCUGUGCUGCACCAACAGCCUGCAAUAUGUCCUGCACAUUUGAUGUCGACUUCUGUGGGUGGGAACAGGCAACCAGUGACAACUUUGACUGGACAAGGCACAAGGGGCCAACACCCACGCCAGAUACCGGCCCAUCCCAAGACCACACAACCGGAGAGGGCUACUAUAUCUACCUGCAAGGAAGUAAUCAAAAGCCGGGCGAGGUAGCCCAGUUGGUCAGUCCAGUGUGCGGUUCAGAAGGACCACACUGCUUCCGCUUCUGGUAUCACAUGUACGGAGCGGCUGAAGCAAUGGCUCUGCGGGUGUAUGUAGUUCACAAUGAAACAUCAACACUGGAAUGGAAAGAGGCUGGAAACCAAGGGGACAGAUGGAACUUGGGAGAGAUCACGGUACACAGCAAAGGGAACAUGCAGAUUGUCCUGGAGGGCAUGAUAGGUGAAGAUUUCCGGAGCGAUAUAGCAUUGGAUGAUCUGUCCAUUGAAAAAGGGUACUGCACAGGAGAAGUGACACCAACAACACCAGGUACCGCUAUCACAACACCUUCAGAAGACAAAACCACAUCAGCACCCAUGCCAGGCUCAGGGACUUGUGUGGUAGAAGGAGAUCCUCACUACCACACGUUUGACAAUCAGCUGCACCACUUCAUGGGCACCUGCACCUACACCCUCUCCAAGCUGUGCGAGAGCAACAGUUCGCUGCCCUACUUCAACGUGGAAGCAGCCAACGAACACAGGGGAGACAACACUCGCGUGUCCUACGUCCAAUACGUGGAUGUCGAUGUGGCUGGCCAGCGCAUAAGGCUGGGGAAGGGUGGAGUGGUGACGGUCAAUGGAGUGGCAGAGGUCCUGCCCUGCACCCCAUCUGCGGGUGUGCAGGUCUUGUCCAGCGGGUUCUACACUGUGGUCACGACAGACUUUGGUUUGAAAGUGAAGUUUGAUGGGAGCCAUCGGGUGGAGGUGACGCUUCCGAGCACCUUUGGGCAGAAGGUGUGUGGCAUGUGUGGGAACUUCAACGGGAUGGCAUCAGAUGACUUCCUGAACCCGGAAGGGGUGCUGGAGCCAGACUCCACCAGCCUGGGCAACAGCUGGCAGGUGUCCAACGACAGCAGCUGCUCAGCCGGAUCACUCCCCACCCCAGCCUGCAGUGAGACGGACAAGGAAGUCAUUGCCAGCAGCCACUUCUGCGGGCUCCUUGCCGACACCAGCGGCCCGUUCCAGAUGUGCCACGCUGUGCUGAGCCCCAGCGGUUACUUUGACACCUGCGCUUAUGACCUGUGUGAGCUGGGGCUGGACCACGAAGCCCUGUGCAAGAGCUUGCAGUCCUAUGCAGAUGCCUGCCAGUCGCUUGGUGUCAAGAUACCUGUGUGGAGGAACGCAACCUUCUGCCCUGUCACCUGUCCAGCCAACAGUCACUACGAGCCCUGUGCUGCAGCCUGCCCUGCCACCUGUGUUGACCCCACGGCUCCCGCUAGCUGCAACCUGCCGUGCGUGGAGGGCUGUGUGUGCGACAGCGGGUACCUGCUCUACAAUGACCAGUGCGUGCCCAGCCAGCAGUGUGGGUGCUGGCACAACGGGCAGCACUACCCCGUGGGCUCUGAGUUCUGGACGGACAACACCUGCUCGUCAAAGUGCACGUGUCCCGCGCGGGGAAGCAAAGUCCAGUGCUUUAAUGCCUCAUGCCCUGCGGGCCAGUUCUGCGGGGUGCAGGAUGGGAGACCUGAGUGCCUCGAGCAAUCCUACGGCAUCUGCCAUGUCCACGGUGACCCUCACUACAAAACCUUUGACGAGGUGACGCACGACUUCAUGGGCAACUGCACCUACACCCUGGCCAAAUUGUGCUCCAACACCACCUCCCUGCCCUACUUCAAUGUUGAGGCCAAGAACGAGCAUCGUGGGAACAGCAGAGUGACGUACGUGCGCGAAGUCCUGGUUGAGGUGUACGGAGAGCGCAUCACCAUUGUCAAGGAGGAGACGAGCCAAGUGCUGGUGAACAACGUGCGCCAGACCUUGCCGGUGAGCGCAGCGGGAGGUGCCGUCACGGUAAGCAGGAGCGGCCGCUACAUCGUCCUGGAGACAGACUUCAACCUCAGAGUGUCCUACGACACUGACCACUCGGUGGAGGUGAAGGUGCCCACCACCUACUUCAACCUGACCUGUGGCAUGUGUGGGAACUUCAACAACCGUAGAGAGGAUGAGUACAUGAUGCCCAACGGGCAGCAAGCCGCAGACUCCAAUGAACUGGGGGAGAGCUGGCAGGUCCCAGACAGUGACUCGUCUUGCGGUGUCCCCGACCCUUCCCCACCCUGCAGUGCAGAAGAGGAGAAGCUCUACCAAUCAGACCAGUUCUGUGGCAUGCUGACUGCCAGGCCUGGCUCUUUUGAGAACUGUCACGCUGUGAUCAACCCCCAGAGCUACUUUGAGACCUGCUUGUAUGACCUGUGUGCCCUGAAUGGUGGCCAGGAGGUCCUGUGUGCUGCUCUGGAGGCCUAUGCUGAUGCUUGCCAAGCAGUCGGUGUGACUCUUCUUCCCUGGAGGAAUGCCACCUUCUGCUCCCUGCUGUGCCCCGACAACAGCUACUAUGACCCCUGCAUGACUGGCUGUCCUGCCACCUGUGUUGACCAACAAGCCCCACAGAACUGCUCCAAGCCGUGCAUGGAGGGCUGCGCGUGUACCUCUGGCUUCCUCCUCAGCGGAGACACCUGUGUGCCCGAGGCCCACUGUGGCUGCCUCUUUGAGGGCAACUACUACAGCGAAGGCGAGUACUCUGUGAGCGAGGACUGCGCUCGCCAGUGCCGGUGUGAAGCCAACGGGCAAAUGGUUUGCUCUCCAUUGUCCUGUGGUGAGGACGAGGUCUGCAAGAUCCAGGAUGGCCAGAGGGGCUGCUACCCAGCCAGCAUUGCUCUCUGCCACAUCUACGGCGACCCGCAUUACAGCACCUUCGAUGGGAAGCUUCACCACUUCCAGGGCUCUUGCAACUACACAGUGGUGACAGGCUGUGACAACUCCUCCGUUGGGUUCAGUGUCACCACCCGCAAUGAACAUCGUGGCAGCCAGAGCUGGACAGCUCUGAAUUCGGUGGCACUGUCCAUGGAAGGCCUCCACAUUGCACUGCGCGAGAACAAGGCUGUCUACAUCAACGGUGCUCUGGCCUCCCUGCCUGCUUCUCCUGCCCCCGGUGUAAACAUUUCCCUGAGUGGCUCCUACGUGCGGGUUUCUACCGAGCUGGGCCUGCAGCUGCUGUUCAAUGGGGGUGAUGAGCUCCUAGUGAAGGUGUCUGAGAAGCACAAGGGCAAGCUGUGUGGGCUGUGUGGGACGUACACUGGGAGCCAGCAAGAUGACUUCAUGCGGCCCGAUGGGGUUGUCGUGCCCGACUUCAAUGACUUUGGAGCCAGCUGGAUGGUGCCGGAUGAUGAGUGGCCGUGUGACCCAGCCAUCAGCCCGCCCGCAUCCUGCUCCCCCUCUGAGGAGGAGGCAGCUAAGGAGCAGUGUGCAAUCCUCACGCAACUUGGUGGCCCGUUCCAGCCAUGCCACGCAGUUCUACCACCCAAGACGUACUUUGAGAGCUGCGUCUAUGACCAGUGCGCCACGGGCAGCAGCACAGAGCAGCUCUGCCGUGACCUGGAGGCCUAUGCCUCAGCGUGUGCUGAGGCAGGCGUUUCUCUGGGAGACUGGAGCGCUGGCACCGUCUGUGAUCCAUCGACACCAAAACCCACGCUCCCCUUGCCAGGAACUACAACGCAGCCUCCACGCACGCCAUCACCACCAAGACCCACACCGAGCACAGGCACUCUAAUGCUCCCUCCCAAUUUUCUACUGCUUGUGACAAGUGUUCAAUUAGCUUUCUUCGAGGCUCAUGGCCAAGGGAUGGAAUGUCUGUAG